GUGACUAUCCCAUAAUGCCAUUGCAGCAACCUUCGGCAUGCGAUGGCACCUAUCCGGCGCUACUUGCGCAUAAGCAAGCACUCUGUCCUUGAAUGCCGCAUUUUCCUUGAGAACCCUGCCGAUGAAUCUCGGUGGCUCCUUCGUGACAACGACCCUGCCCUACCACGCGUCUUUGAAGCAGUCAAGCCUUAUGUUCUGCCAAAAUUAAGGGAAGAGAAUGAGAGAGCACGAGGCAAGGGCAAGAAGAAGAAGAGCGUCAAGGAUGUUGUAAAGCAAGACGACUUUGAGGUGUCCAUAUUCCUUACAGAAAUCAGAACUCGGCAUUCCAUCCUAGUGAAAAACAAGACAUUUAAUGAACGGCCUCUGCUCGGGAGUAAUACUGGUGGCACCUCCAUAGGUGCUGCUCGAGAUUCGGUUAUAAUCCAGGAUGAAAGCGACGAAGAGGAUGUCAAUCUCGCUCAAAUCCCGCAAGCAGAGCACCACGACGAGGAAUCUGACGCUGUGAUGCCCACUAUAGACGAUGACGAUAAGAAAAAACUUGGGUUCAAGACAACCUACGAAGGUUUCAGUAUAUGGGGCUGGGUGCUCUGCCUCUUCAUCGAGCGCAAGGGUGGACCGGGAAAGAAAUCAUCAGGAGUCGAGGCUCAGGCUCUCAUGCAAGAUUGGAUAGCUUCCACACAAGGACAGGAAGAAGACGAUACCUGAAGAUCUUUCCCUUUUCGUGGUCUGCGCCGUAAGCGAGUUGCAUGCUGUCACAGCAACAGAUGCUCAAGAAUGUGAUUAUGAAACAACCUCAAUUCCAGCAGCCACUCGAGCAAGUCUGUAGCUAGCCGAAGCAAUUUUCUGGACUGGAAAUUUGCUCGCGGAGUGGAAAGGUGUCGAGGCGGUCAGCCAUGAGCCCUUGGCCUGUCAAAUUUGAUGCCAUAUCACGACCCCAGGAUUCACCACAUUUCAGCUCAUGCAAAGGGAUGGAGGAAUUGUUCUAGACACUGCAUCAAGAGAAGCGAGGUGUGUGACAUAUCUCAAGUCACCGUGAUUUUGGGAUCCAUCACGAUGCAUCGUGGCGCUUUGUCACGCAAUCUCCACGUGGUGGCUGCAAGAACAACCCAUUUCUCCUGAGGCCCUGCAUGAGAAAGAUGCAAGCCAACCUCUUACGGUCAGAGCCGAUCCCACCUCGCCUCGGCGCGCAAUUGCAACACUAUCCCUCCGUACGGAGUACUACGUGUCGUUAUCCUGAUUAUGUGCAGGACGGAGUACGAGAAACGAGAUUAUCAAUAGGGCAAGAGCUCCAAAUAUUGCAUGUAGGCUCAUUCGGUAAUCGAAUUGACGAAACACCUGUGCAUAAACGGCGCCUGAAAUCGCCAUGUUGUUUGUUAUUCUGUCUCAUACAUCUUGUCGGCUGCAUGUUUCAAUCCUGCGACACAUUUGAAGCGUUGAGCCAUACUCCAUACAGGGUUUCAAGGUACAGCGACAUGCCUCGAUCCAUGUUUGCCCAGAUUGCCACAAGGCGACAAUGUGUUCUUCGUGGAACACUUUCAAACCCUUUACCGCCAUCAGCAACCAUGACGAUGGCGAAGAGGCAGCGGCUACUGCGAG